CUGUUCUUGAUUGGUCGUUCAGAAAAAGGGGCAAGGCGGGCGGAAGAGUCGAAACGAGCUACAACAGCCCGUUUGUCUCUUUCUUUGGCGCGCGCCGGCCGCGAGGAAGAAGGCGGGGUGAUCAUUUCGAAUUCUUGCCCGCUGAGCCAAUCGGACUCCUAAUGCAGAAUUUAACAGCCAAUGACGGUUCAGGAGACAAUAUUCUUCAAUGGUUCGAGUUUGAUUUUCCAGAACAAACGGCGAGGCUGAAAAAGAGAUAUCAAUAGCGGCUGAAAAAUUCCAGUGUGUUGAUGAUGCGAGUCGAAGUCUGCCGACGCCACUAUCAGCCACACAGAUAAGAAAAAAAAAGUCAUUAUCGACACUUCCGGUGUAGUUUCGAACUGGUUUCCGUUCAUUUUUCCUCUCAACGCGAUGUUCUGAAAGCGUUCAACCAUAGAGAAACCACAGCCCAGAGCGACACUAUGCUUUCAAAAGAACGAACCACAAAGGCGGAAACUCUUAAAUAGUGUGGUGCAUUCUGGGAAGAAUUCAAAAUGGCGGAACCCGUUUAGUCGUGGUGCGGUUUCUUGCGGGCGACGAAUAUUGCGGGCUCGAUGGCGGCGGCGUGGCUGUCCCUGACGGCCAUACGGGGCUUGUUUAGCCGCAGCUUCUUCUCUCCCCAGGUUUACAGGUUAUCUAGUACUGGUAAUCCAUACCCAUUCCGCGUGAGGGAACCUAACCGGCCCAAACCAGUUGAUCGAUGGACAGAAAAACGAGCACUGUUUGGGAUCUAUGACAACAUUGGGAUUUUGGGAGACUUCCACGCCCACCCCAAGGACCUGAUCAGUGGCCCCAUAUGGCUACGCGGCUGGCGGGGCAAUGAACUGCAGAGGUUGAUCCGUAAGAAGAAAAUGGUGGGUGACCGGAUGUUCGAUGAGGAUUACAAGAACUUGAACAAGCGGAUAAGAUUUUUGUACAGACGCUUCAACCGCACUGGGAAGCACCGCUAAGAAUUCCCCGUGAGGAGUGACAGAUCUGUGAAAGAUAUCCCAACUGUUUUAUCCUGUUAGUUUCCUGAUGUUCCCCAUCGUUCAUCAUUUCUUCUGCCAUUGUAUCCCUUUGCAGCCUACAUACUGCCCUAAAAUGCCAUUUGUGAUUUUUUUUUCAAUAUGAAAUCUGGUGGUUAAAUGUACAAAUAUAGUUUUCAGACUA